AUUCCCGAAUUGCUCGCGAACUGGCAGCUGGGAUGUGAUUUCAGGAGAGCAGCUUUUUCCAGGGGCUGAUGGAUGUAAGGUUGGUAAUGGACUCUUGUCCUUCCCUUCUCCCAGGCUAUCAGCAGGGCAGAUGCUGGUCCUCGGGAUGCUGAAAUGGGUGGUCAGUGGGACAGCACAGAGCAAAGCCUCCGGCCGCUGGAAGCUUGUUUUGCCCUUGCGGUUUCUAGGCAGCUCCCCUUGUCGAAUCCCAGCAGAUGACAGCUUCCACUCCACCUCGCUCUCCGAAACAGAGCCUCCGCGGGUCUUCAUCACAGGGGGUCUUGGCCAGCUGGGAAUAGGACUUGCUGGCCUUUUGAGGAGACGAUUUGGGAAGGACAACGUGAUCUUAUCAGACAUAAAGAAGCCCCCUGCUCACAUCCUCCACAGUGGCCCGUUCAUUUAUGCCGAUAUCCUGGAUUAUAAGAAACUCCGUGAGAUCAUGGUGAACCACCGGAUUAGCUGGAUCUUUCACUACAGUGCGCUGCUCAGCGCUGUCGGAGAAGCAAACGUGGCCUUGGCCAGAGAUGUGAAUAUAACUGGACUGCAUAACAUUCUAGAUGUUGCAGCCGAAUUCAAUAUGAGAUUGUUUGUGCCCAGCACGAUUGGAGCUUUUGGAGCUACCUCUCCUCGGAACCCUGCACCUGAUCUCUGCAUUCAAAGGCCCAGGACCAUCUAUGGGGUAUCCAAGGUCCACGCGGAGCUCAUGGGAGAAUACUAUUAUUACCGGUAUGGGUUAGAUUUCCGGUGCCUGAGAUAUCCUGGAAUCAUUUCUGCAGAAUCCCAGCCUGGAGGAGGAACAACUGACUACGCAGUCCAGAUUUUCCAAGAUGCAGCAAAGAAAGGCACAUUUGAGUGCAACCUCAAGGCCAGCACCAGGCUCCCCAUGAUGUACAUCAGCGACUGCCUCAGGGCCACCCUGGAAGUCAUGGAGGCCCCUGCAGAGCGCCUCUCCAUGAGGACCUACAACAUCAGCGCCAUGAGCUUCACCCCCGAGGAGCUGGCACGGGCCAUCGUUAAGCACAUACCCGACUUCCAGAUCACCUACUGUGUGGAUCCCCUCCGGCAAGCCAUAGCUGAGAGCUGGCCCAUGAAACUAGAUGACAGCAAUGCCCGUAUGGAUUGGGGCUGGAAGCACGACUUUGAUCUUCCGCAGCUGGUGGCUACAAUGCUCACCUUCUAUGGAGCCAGCACCAGAUGUGCCCAAGCGAACUGAAGGAGGAGAGCAACUCCCGCGCCCCCACAGUGCAAGAGGCUUCUCUUAGUUGGAGAACUAAUUGGAUGGAAUUCGGGCAGCUCACUCAGAACCGCUGGGUGGGGUUGGCGUUCCUUCACAUGUGGCCUUUGUUGUGUGCCUAAACUGGUCUAAGCACACGUACCACAGAAAUGAAGACCUAAGUGGUAGUGGCUGUGUCUUGGAAUUUGCAACGUUUGUGUUUAAUUAAAUUCAGUUUAAGGAUCACUCCUGAGACCCUCUCUUGACCGGAAACCAAAGAUUACAUUUUAAUGAUUUUCAAAGAUGCUUUUCAUGUUCAGAACUUUCAGACUUCAUCCAAAAUGAUGGCUCGCAGGUAACUUUUAUUUAAGAUUUAUCUUUUUGCUUGAGAUUAAGAGUAUGGAAGAUGUUGCAGUUCAUAAAGGGCAUGAGUUGUGUGGGGUUUGCUUCCAUUUAGGGCUGCAAGAAAGCUCAGUGAUGUCUUUGGGACUUUUAAUUCCCUGACCUGGUGACAUCAGCAACCCCAAAGAGACUGUUGAAAUGCAUGUUUCUGGGCUUCACCCCCUCAGACCGACCCAGCAACGUGGAGGAAGCUGGCUGUGACCCAACCCUCUAAGACAGGCUCCAAACACAGCUUCUAAAGACUGCCAUCCUGUGAUAGUAGUGAAUCCCACCAACAGGGAGGCUGGUCAGUUCCUGCUGGCACACCUGGCUACCUGCAGAAAUCGCCAGCAAGAGGAACUUCCAGUCCCACAACCGUAGUCAAUAAUAGCUGCACUUCUCCAUAGGUUGGUGAUGGUAAAUUAUUACGCAUUUAGAUUUUAAAGUCCUAGGUUGUGGCCUGAUUUUUUUUUUUUUUUUGAGUCUUAACUGGAUUUGAAUCUUUAACUAGAGAACUUUUAGAUAAUUGAGUUUCAAUAGCUACAAUAGCAUAGUCUAUCUCUCACACACUUAGUAUAAUUAAGCUUCACAUUUGGGGCUUUUUGUUUCUGAAAAUCUUCUUUACAGAUUUAUUGAGUUCAAAUGCCAUAAAAUUUGUAAUUUGGGAUCUGGAGAAAAGUCUCAGCAGUUAAAAGCACUGGCUGCUCUUGUAGAGGACCUGAGUUCAGUUACCAGCAUCCACAUGGCCGCUCAUAACUUUCUGUAACUCCAGUCCCGGGGGAUGUGACACCCUUUUCUGACCCGUAAGCACCAGCGCACGUUUGUAUGCAAAUGGUACGCGAAAAUACU